CAAGCUCCUCGGAUGGCGUUGGCGGCAGAGUUUAAACGGGCGUCGCCGAGCAAGGGUGACAUUGCUACCCAUCUGAAUGCCGGUGAGCAAGCCGUCAAGUAUACCAAAGCAGGGGGAGCCAAUAUCAUUUCUGUAUUGACCGAGUCCCACUGGUUUAAAGGGAGUCUGGACGACAUGACACAAGCCAGACUCGAAACAUCUAAAGGAGUUUCCGAUGACUCACGCCCGGCUAUUUUACGCAAAGAUUUCGUGAUCAACGAAUACAUGAUUGCGGAGGCGGCCGCAAAAGGUGCCGAUACUGUCCUGUUGAUCGUCGCUGUUCUACCACAACACGUACUCACUCGAUUAAUCGGGUUUUCUCGUUCCCUCGGGAUGGAGCCACUAGUCGAAGUCCACGCGGAUACCGAACUUGAUGUGGCCAUCAAAGCCGGUGCCAAGGUUAUCGGAGUGAACAAUCGCAAUUUGCACACCUUCCAAAUGGAUUUGGGGACAUCUGAGCGUGUGGCUAGAGAGCUU